AUGGAUAGUGGGCUCGAAGGAAAUAUUGACAAGAAGUAUAAAGCACUAUUUGGAAUUCGUCAUGUUCAGGCCGUUCUUCUGUUCCUUGGACUACUCCUCGCUUACGGUAUGAGGGCCAACAUGAGCAUCGCGAUUGUGGCUAUGACUGACAAAGACAAUGAUAAUUUUUACGACUGGAGUAUGCAGACCCAAAGCGUAAUCCUGUCCUCGUUCUUCUGGGGCUACAUCGUCUUCCAGAUCCCUGCUGGUGAGAUGGCUGCUAGGCUUGGAGGUUCGAUACUGAUCACAAUAUCCAUGGCCAUCAAUUCACUUGUCUCAGUAUUGAUACCCCUCGCUGUAAAUUACGGCGGAUGGCAGUGGGUUUGCUUGUGUCGCGUAAUCCAAGGCUUAUCACAAGGCUUUAUUGUGCCUUCGAUCAAUACUCUUAUUGGCAAAUGGGCGCCUAUUGAGGAGAAGAGCCGGUUAGGAGCUUUAAUAUAUUCCGGCAACCAAUUAGGCAAUGCUUUUCAACUGAUAACGGCAGGCUUUAUAGCUGAUGCCUGGGGCUGGCCAGCAAUUUUCUACGCCAAUGGUGCAAUUGGAGCUGCUUGGACGGCUAUUUAUAUAUUCUUGGGAUCUGAUUCUCCUGAAAAAUCGAAAAUAAUUGGAAAAGAAGAAAAACUUUAUAUACAGAGCUCUUUAGGUCAAGUUGGAGAACCAAAGAAAUACAAAACACCAUGGAAAGAGAUUUGGACGUCACUCCCAUUCAUAUCACUAAUAGUACUCCACUGUGGACAAAAUUGGGGUUUCUGGACUCUUAUGACGGAGAUGCCGUCAUACAUGAAGCAGAUUUUGGGCGUUGAUAUUAAAGCAAACGGAGUAAUGUCAGCCCUUCCAUACUUAGGCAUGUAUAUUCUUAGUUUCCCAUUCGGGUUCCUAACCGACUAUCUACCCAACAAGAAGCUGCUGAGCGUAACUGCCACCAGGAAAUUAUCUAAUUCAAUAGGAUUUUAUGGUCCAGCCAUAGCUCUCGUAGCCCUCUCAUACUCGCCAGCUGGUGAUAUCAUGAUAGCUGCUAUUCUUCUUACUAUUGUGGUUAGUCUAAACGUUGGACAUGUGACUGGAUUAAUGGUGGGUAUUCCGAAAAAAUAUUCAAAAUAUUUCAAUUAG